AUGACUGGCCCCUCUUCGGCCUUCUUGCCAGUCUUGCUCCUGGGACUGCUGUCGCCUUGGCUGGCCGGGCGCUGCAUGCCCGCCUUCGGCCAGCCCCACCAUCCCCACCAGCAGCUCCAGCACAACGACACCCUGGAGUGGCGCUGGGAGACGCUCUUCUCGCGCUCCAUGGCCAGGAUCCCCGGGGAAAGGAGGGAGCCCAACCGCGACGGCGACUAUCUGCUGGGCAUCAAGAGGCUCAGGCGUCUCUAUUGCAACGUCGGCAUCGGCUUCCACAUCCAGGUGCUGCCAGACGGCAGGAUCAACGGGAUCCACAACGAAAACCGGCACAGUUUGCUUGAAAUCUCUCCUGUGGAAAGAGGAGUGGUGAGCCUAUUUGGUGUUAAAAGUGGACUCUUUGUAGCCAUGAACGGUAAAGGCAAACUCUAUGGAGCUAACCAUUUCAAUGAUGAGUGCAAAUUCAAAGAGAUCCUGCUGCCCAACAACUACAACGCCUACGAAUCCCAGAUCUACCCGGGGAUGUACAUAGCCCUGAGCAAAAACGGACGAACAAAGAAAGGCAACAAAGUCUCUCCCACCAUGACAGUGACACAUUUUCUUCCUAGGAUCUGAGCACUUGUCC